ACAUUGACAAAGAAACCAUGAUGCUCAAAGUUGCAUACUUAAUUGGAAUUAUAUGUACAAUCGCGUGGUGCGAGUGUCCACCGCCGAGGAAACAUUUCUGUUUUCCGGAACAUUGGCAAAGUGAUUUAAGCGCUGUAAACGUGUCGAGUGAUGGACACGGAAAAGUGCAGAUAAGUCAAGAAGCAGGUCGUAUUUAUGUUGACCGAACAGUCCACAAAAUGCGUAUGGAUAUAGUCCUACCGUCUGGAGAGCUGACCUAUCUGGCUCUCUUUAAACAGAAAGUCCUAUACGUUAUCUUGAAUGGUAAGAACUGCACAAAAAUUCAUAUUGGAAAGGAAAUGAAGUGGUGCACUCCAGAUAAUGCAAAUGUCUCUAAACCGUAUCGUCUUGGGUACAAACCAAGUAUCAGUGUGGUGGACUUUGAGUAUUAUUUCUCCGGUAUGAAAUUCGUGCUUAGUGCUUCCGGCAAAUCUCCGGUUUCGUUUAGGAUGUUUGCAACAGAGUCUGGAGCGUUUUCGGCAUGGGUAACUACAUUCUUUCAGAACUACCUACCGAUAAAACCGAAUCCAAAAGUCUUCAUCGUCCCGAAAAUAUGUAAACCGCACAACGAGGUAUGAACAGAAAACGAUGACGCAUGGAUGACAUUGGGUCAAAGACCGAUCUGGGAAAUGAUGACAGAACAAGAAAACUAGAAGCUAUUAUAAACGAACAGUCUGAAUUAUUUAAACAUGAUCAGUACAGAUGAUAAAACAAUAUUAUAUAUAUGACAUAAACCAUAAUGUAGUUUAAGAUGAUAGCUAUUAUAAAUAUAUAUAAAUUUCAAUAGGAAAUUACUCCGUGAAACCUUCAUUUCUUCUUUAAAAGAUCUACAGUUUGAUCAAGUAUAAUUUUGUUUUUAACUUUGCAAUUAUUUUGUUUAAUUCAGAUUGUCCUUUAUGAACAAUAUAUUUAUUGCAUAUUCUCA